GCAACAUUAUUAUUAUUUUUACAUUAAUGCAAGCUUUAAUUUAGGCCCCAUACACAAUUUUAAACUUUUACAGUGGUUUUUUAUAUAGAACUUCAAAGAAAAUUUAACCUAGGGAUUCAGGCAGCAUAAAAUAGCACAAGAAAAUGUUUGAUGUUGAAACUUUUGAAAAAUUAUUAAUGAGAAAGAGUCUUAUAGCAUAAACUUCAAAUUUAAAUUCACUUGUAAUAAAUGUAUACCAGUGUAUUUGUAUAUAAGUACACCAAUAUUUCAGUAAGAGCAUGUGUGAUCAGGAUUUGCCACUUUUGUCAAAUAUUUAUGAGGUUAGAGCUAGACACUAUCUCAUUCAUUUAGAGCCCAAUUUUAACACAGAGAAAAUUCAAGGAAGAGUUUAUAUAUUUUUCGAGGCAACUACAUCCUGUGAGAAAAAAGGACAGUGUUGUACGCGGAAAUGUUUCUGUUCAGACACUGAAGUACAGGACGUAGAAAAUGCUUCUGUGCAUAUCAACCAACAUUUAAACUAUCAUGGCAAGGAUAAUGAGAGCAUUGUAUUGGAGGAAAAAACAAAAAAUGCUGCUAAGUUCCAUUGUGAUAACAGUGACGAUAACCGUGUGAAAAAUAAAAAAAAUACUGAAAACAUAGAAAGUCAAGAUUUUGAAAUUAUUCUGGACUGUUGUGAUAUCAGAGUGAAGUGUGUAACUGAAGUGGAAUGUAAUGGAGUGAACCUUAUUCAGUAUUUAGAUCCUACAUAUCGCAAAGCAUGUGGAAUUGCAAUUAAUUUUUGGACUAGAAGAAAUCACAUACCUUUACAGUAUGCAGUUAAUGCUUGGUGUAUCAGAAUCUGGAAGGAAGGUAUAAAGAAUGUUAAACAGUUUCCUCAAGCUGUGUGCAUUGAGUAUGAAACAACCCCUCAAGGAAAAUCUCUUCUGUGGAGAAAUGACCAAGAUGGCAACCCUUGUGUAUUUACACCAGCGGCAGCAAUAAAUAACCGUUCACUUCUCCCUUGUCAGGAUCCUCCAUCAGCCAUGGCUACUUGGCAAGCAUGGAUUACAAUUCCUAAAGAAUAUUAUGUUUCCAUGACAGGAGAUAAUGUGCCAACCAAGUUUGUGGGCCCCAUAAAUGAUUAUGUGGAAGACACAAGAACUUUACAGCAUAUAAGUAAGUGCUGUACUCUUGGCCAGAGUAACCAGGCUGUUACUUUUUGUAGGGAAGGCACUAUUGAAGAGGAUAUUUCUACUGUUUGCAUUUAUUAUUACACAACAAUGGUUCUUCCUAUUGCUACCAUAGCCAUUGCAAUUGGAAGAUGGGAAACAAAAGUACUUCCAACAGUGUAUUUUAAAAAUUUACAGAAAGUUAAAAAUGAAGCAGAGGAAAAAACUGCCAAUACGAAAUAUUCAUGUUGUCACUAUGAAUACCCUUGCCACAUGAAAAGUAUGCUUUGGAAUUAUAAGACACCAUUAACCAUAGUUUAUCCACCAUCUAGUUUUCUGUUAAUAAAGCCCUUGAGCUCCUUUCUUCCUUAUGCAUUGGAAGCUGCAGUACAUCUACUAGGCACAUAUCCAUGCUGCAGAUUGGAGCUGGUUGUUCUUCCACCAUGUUUUGGAAGUCUGGGUUUGGCAUCACCUAAUCUUAUCUUCUUGUCACCAACUGUUGUUGGAGAUGAUCCUGCAGCAUAUAUCCGUUUAGCACAUGAAAUAAGCCACGCUUGGUUUGGCAUCAACAUUGGUGCACAGGACUGGACAGAGGAAUGGUUGAGCGAGGGAUUUGCUACUUACAUGGAGGACUCCAUCUAUGCAGAAGCAGUGCUACUUCAUGAAAAGGCUAGACACACUGUUUUAGAGGAAACUUUGUGUCAAAACUCCGAGAGUGAGCCAUGUCAGAAAGGAUGGGAAGUAGGAGGUGGUAGAGUUAAAUCUGUUUCAUCUCAAGUCACUAGUAAUAAUUCGAGUGAUGGUGUAUUAACAGAGACUGACAACCAGUUAGAAAUAAGUUGGAAACAUGAUGAAAAGUUUAAUGAUACUGGUAAAGAAUGUAAUAUUGAGAGUUUAAGGUUUCAUGAUACAUUGAGAAAUGAUAUUAAUCAAGAAUUAACUGUUAAGGACAAAUUUAUCAAAUUAUACAAGAAGAGUUGUCCUAGAAACUCGGUUUGCGAUAAGAGAAAGAAAAAUGAUGGUCAAAGUUUGAGAACAAACAUGACUUUAAUGAACUACACGCAGAAAUUUAACAAAGAGGUGUUGGAAGAACUGUCAGAUCUUCGAGCACAUAUACGGUACAGGACACUUGUGUGUGAAUUAGAAAAUUCCACUGAAGACCUUCAGACUUUAAGGCCUAUGCAAGGAGAAAAUCUUGUUGAUAAAGAUGGCAUUAAUUAUGUAAAGAAUGGAUUGAACCCAGGAAAAACCUUCUUACAAGUACAUUAUUUAAAAGGUUACUUUCUUUUAAAGUAUUUAAGCAAGUUAGUAAGUAGAGCCAAGUUUGAUAUGAUGUUGAAAGAAUAUGUAUCAAUUUAUCAUGGACAGCUUAUCUUGUCAAAGCAUGCAUUGGAUCAUUUUAUUAACUCGUUUCCUGAAGUUUUAGCAAACAAUAUUACCCAAGAAACUUUAUGUAGCAUUUGGUUACACCAACCAGGGUUAAAUGCUGAAAUCAAGGAAAUGUAUGGAAAUAUAUCCAAUAGCUUAGUUUCAGAGGUGACACAACAUUUCCAUUUUUGGCUAGGUGUUGACAAGUCUAAUAGAAGAACAAGCCAAAUCAUAAAGAAGACUAAGGUACAUAUUGAAGAAUUUAUUUUCCCAGACCAAUUGGUAUUACUCUUUGAGUAUUUAUUGCAACUACCAAAGAUGAGUCAUAAGACUUUGGGUGAAAUAAAUGAGCAUUACAACAUUGGAUCUCAGUGUGGAGAUGUUCGUCACAGAUGGUGUGAGUUGGUCAUCAAGAACAAUUAUAAAGACUUAAAUGAAGUUGAAAGAUUCUUAUUGGAGGACCAAUCGAUGGGUGUGUACUUGUAUGGAGAACUAAUUAUUUAUAAAAAAGCAAAGCAUAAACAUCUAGCAGAAAAAGUGUUUCAUAAGAUCAAAAAAGAUAUGGAUGACAAUGCUCGUUUGACUGUAUUUUCAAUGUUAUAUGGAGAUUAAAAUUGGAAUUUUCACUUUUACUAUAUGAUAUACAAACAAAAUUUUACAUUUAUCCUGCUGUUUUGAAUGUACAGUAUUUUUUGGUUUAGAAAGACAUGUAAGCAAACACUAUGAUAUAUUUAUUAGAAAACGUUUCGGUCCUGGGACCUUGAUCACUUCUAACAUACAGAGGUAGAAAGACAUUAUAUAUAUAGGCGGAGAGUGAGGUGUGAGUGAUGCACGUGACCUGAGGAAUGUCAUAAGAACAUAAGAAUGGAGGAACACUGCAGAAGGCCUACUGGCCCAUGCGAGGCAGGUCCUUAUCAAAAACAACCUCUACCUAUGAUGAGGACGGGUAGACGAUGAAAUCGUGUGACUCCUGUGUUGCUGGGUUGGUGGUGCUUAAGUAUCAUGUAUGCCAAUGUUUUUGAAAUUUUGUAGUUUCCAGUGUUGCGUUCUAUAGUGUCGGUGACGGCGAUCAGUGAGGCUUCUAGGCACCAUCGGCAUCUGAGGUCUGGUUCGGUGAGAACGAGUUGUGCCUCAUUCCAGUUCAUCAAAUGCCCCAUGGAGUCUCUGUGGAGGACACAGGCGUACCUUACAUCGUCUCUGUUAGAGGCAUUUCGAUGCUCAUUCAGGCGGACUGCAAGAUCUCUGCCUGUCUCACCUACAUAUUUCUUGGGACAGAACCCACAGGGGAUAGUGUAGACGCCUGCUGUAGAAGUUAGAGGUGUGGGGCUGCGUUUCGUAGUGAGGUCUUUGAUAGAUGAUGUGUUUAUGGUGGAAACGUUGAUGUUACUCAUAGCAAUAUCCAGGCCCUUCUCAACAAGAUCAAUGCAGUUGAACCAUCAAUAAAGUUUACACUUGAACUCGAAAAUGAUGGCAAACUUCCUUUCCUCGACGUUCUACUGUGCAGAUCUCCCGACAGUGACAAACUUCUCUUCAAAAUGUAUUGAACACCUACCAACAAGGAUGAUCUUAUACACUUUUAUUCACACCAAGACACCCGCACUAAGAGAGGAGUCCUCAUUGGCUUCUUCUUGAGAGCUCUUCGCAUCUCCAGCCCUUGUUUUCUAGACGAAGAAUGCACUUACAUAACACAAGCCUUUACACGUCUUCAGUUCCCAUCUUUCUUCAUCCGAGACUGCAGACUCAAGGCACAAGCUAUCCUCAACAAACCGCCCAUGGAACAGCCCGCUAAGCAGUUCAUAGUACUCCCAUGUGGUGAUGUUGCCACGAAUACUCGCCGGGCACUUGCUGAGUAACAUCAACGUUUCCACCAUAAACACAUCAUCUAUCAAAGACGAUGUAAGGUACGCCUGUGUCCUCCACAGAGACUCCAUGGGGCAUUUGAUGAACUGGAAUGAGGCACAACUUGUUCUCACCGAACCAGACCUCAGAUGCCGACGGUGCCUAGAA